AUGUUCCGUAAGCUUGUGUCAGGGCCGCGCAAGAACAAGCCUGGUACUGUCCCCGUUCACCUCAAUGUUUAUGAUCUCACCCCAAUCAAUGGUUAUGCCUAUUGGCUUGGCCUUGGUGUCUACCACUCUGGGGUUCAAGUUCAUGGAGUUGAGUACGGUUUUGGUGCGCACGAGCAUGACACAACGGGGAUUUUUGAAGUGCAACCGAAACACUGUCCCGGGUUCACUUUCAGAAAGUCGAUUUUCAUCGGAACAACAGAUCUGGGUCCCAAAGAUGUUCGCGCGUUCAUGGAGAAACUGGCUCAGGAAUACUCUGGCAACACCUAUCAUCUCAUCUCCAAAAAUUGCAACCACUUCUGUAACGAUGUUUGUCUCAAGUUAACGGGAAAGUCAAUCCCUCGAUGGGUAAACCGCCUUGCUCGACUCGGUCUUCUGUGCAACUGUGUUCUCCCACCUGGCCUAAAUGAGACAAAGGUUCCCCAAGCUACAUCAGACAGAGUUCAGGAGGGAGAAAAGAGGAAAAUGAGAAGUCAAUCCUGCAGAUACGAGGGUUCCUCCAAUCCUUCAUGGUCUCGACGUGCAGCAAUUAAAAGUAGUAGCCAAAGACAUUGCCUUCGUCCAUCUUCAUCUUUGCUUAAUGCUGCUUCAACCUCAACCUUAACAGUGAAGUAG